GGACAAGUUGCGGCUUUUGCAAGCAGAUGGACGACAGCACAUCUUGGAGUGCCAAGCCAACGAGAAUGAAGUCGGUUUGCAAACGUUCCCCCAUGCAGUCCGUUUCCUUGCUGCCAUGUUGGUUCGGUUCCUCGGCGCAUACCUACCGUUUGCAGCCAACCCAGUCAAAGUCGCAUCAGACCGACAUAUAGAAAACAUGCAAUUGGCUCCUGGAGAAGGAUCCCGCGUUCCAAAUUCUAUCGAGGUGGACCAGGAUUCAGACGUGGCCUUGGCAACGAAGCUGGAGCGUGCAGCAAUGUGCCGUGAGGAAGCAAUCCCGUUUCCGCAACGCCUUGCGCCUUGUCAACUGCAAUUCACGGUUCGGAAUGUCCAAGGUGAUGGCCGCUGUGGCUACCGAGCGCUCGCACUUUGCUUGGGCACAAGCAGCCGUUGCGUUAUGCAAGGCGUUUUGCGUGCAAUGGUGCAGCAUCAACAUUUAGGCAUCUCUCCAGCGGCCAUCAUUCAGUUGGCGAUCGCAUGCGACUUUCGAAACGCUUGUCCAACUGAAGCCUGGCUCACGGAUCUUCACUUGCGAGCUUUUGUUGCUGCCAACCCAAGCCUGUUCCCAGCAGGGAUCUUGGUCAAGGUUUUUUACCAAACAGACGAGCUGUCCUUUGUUCAUUUUCAGCAUUCAGCCGAGCCGGUGCAUCUCCCGAAAGAAACCGUUGCGGCCCAACUAUCUGAAGGUUGGAAUCCUGCUAUUCUCGGCCUUGUGCGACAGCCCACGUGCCAUUUUGUGCAGCUCUCACACACACCACCCAGCUGCUUUCAAAAUGCCGGACAGCUCCUCCCGAGCCAAUCCACAUCGGCCAUUAGUUGCUCCGUCACACCUACUUGCGCACGUGCUUCGGCUAUGCCACUGUCUGUGCCAACAAGUACCACCCGGUUCGAAGGUGGCUCCUCUUUUGGCUCAUCUCGUGGACCGAACACCGACUUGCAAGUGUGUAUACUCGUGUAUGCAAUCGGCGUUCCUGAUGAUGUGUUUCAAUUCGCCUCCGUGUGCAAAGCAUUGCGAGACACAGUGCACGAGUCGGCCACAUUGGCCCAUGCGCAGCGAUUGCAAUGUGCGCGAACCAUGUUGCCUCUCUUUCAGACCCAUGUGUGGAUUGCCCAAGAUUGGUCCCCGUGUCUCUUCACUUCGUCCAUAUCGUUAUCCACGGAUUUGCAAAAUCUGGAUUCUGUGGACUUGUACAUUGGUUUUGUCAAUUCGGCAUGUUCUUGGAGCCUGGCCGAGCAACUCGCCACUGGCUUCAUUUCGAAUGAUCGGUUUUGGGCUGGCAGGUUCAAAGUCAACUAUGGCAUUUGCUCCUGCUUCAAGUGGGUGACAACUGAAGAAGAACUGCCGGUCGUGCAAAUUCCAACAAUUUCUCUUGCCAGGCCCCUACGUUCCACAGUGGUCUUGUCCAGAGUCCACAUGACUUUGUUUGAUGCUGAAGAUCGAGUGUUGACUCGUUUGUCUCUUCCUUCUCGCUGGCAAGUUCCUACCGGAGCCAACAGUCUGCGAGCGUUCGUGGCGAUGGCCAGCGGUGACGACAACAUGCUACCGCUUUCGGACACAUCCGCAGUCACGGCAACUCUUGCCACAACGACGGAUGGUGCUUGGUUGGCCAAAAGGUUUGUGUUGCAGCCCACGCCUUCAUCCGUGAAUCGCUGCUGCGCGCACGAUGUCUUAGUCACCCAUCAAGAUAUCCGGGGCGGUGCUUCAACUCAAGCCCCAGUGCUUGUCCAGCCUGAACAUCCGGCCGCAGAUGUACGAAGCUGCCUUUCUACAGAUUCUGAAGUCAAGCGACCCACGAAGCCCAAUCAUCGACGCGAAUCUUGGGCGGAUAUCACGGACGACACCAGCGACAUAUGUUUGACAGAGCAGCCAAGUCGAGAAACCUGUACUUCUCCACUUGUUGCUGUUGACCCCCACAAACAAAGCCAGAUGCGACAAGGCUUGCAUCUGUUCUUCACCGUCUACAUGGAAGUUGAGUCCCUCCUGAAUGCAACGGGGAUUGCGAGUUCUUUUCUGCAUUCCUGGCAGUCACUCUGUGACAUCGAUGAGUCAACAGCCGCUGCGCGCAUCACACACGCGUUGCUCAAGCAGCAGCGGCGUCUUCCUUCCGGCCGGAGCGUGUGGCAGCAUCAGCCACUGAGCUGGACAGUGGUGACUGGUUUGGCCGCACUCAGUGCACGGCAUGGUGGCAAACCCUUGUGCAUAUACAACAUCUCCAGCGGUGUCUGCCUUGCUUACGGCAAUGGGAGCUGGCAUCGCCAGAUGCAGUGUCCACCACAUGCGUGUGACAUGAUAUUUCUCAACCCCUGGACACAAAGACAUUUCCACUGCCGCUCCGCUUUCACAGCCGACGGCCACGAAAAUGACGUGGAAUUGCUGUUGUGCUUUCCGAGACUUGCUUAUGGAAACACACAUGAAGCAUUUUUCGAAUGCCUCGACGUCACACGGCUUGAAGCUAUCAUGUUCCUCCGUGCUUCUGGCCUCGCAGAAGACGGCUGCAUGUCCCCGUCCUUACGACAUGGCUGCACACCGGACUACAUUGGCAUGCUCCAGCUCUGCUGCUGCACAGCCGUCGUUCCGCCUGCAGGCGCCUUCUUAAUCUAUGUGCAGCUAGCUGAACAGUGGCGCGCUAUGGCCGCGUACCACUCGCCGCGCAACCUCAUCUGCCAGCUUAUGUUGCCUCCCAAGUUCUUUCCGGUGCUCAAUCGGUUGCUUUCUUUGGCGGUGCGGAUAGUUGGAAAUCCUGGGAGUCCGGUGAAGGUCAUCUUUGCCGCGUGCGUGCACGUGGCAGCUGGGAUGACGGCACUCCAGUGGGACGGGGCUGGGGCCAGCCGCGCCGUGCCGAAUGAUUGGGUGACUUUCAAAAUUUCAGCAUCCGGCGGCCGUGUACUUGUCUGUCGUGUGCUUGACGUCCACACAUUCGAUAGCUUCCAACUCAUGCUGCAGCGGUUUGGCGUCAGCAACUGUUUGCCAGACCAGAGCUCACUUCAAGCAGCAGUUGACACGUACUAUGCGUUUGCCAACCGACGCGGAACAUCAUACCGAGACCUGGAACACCUCUUUGGAGUCACAGCGCUGCACCUCGCACCGCUCAUUGCUCCUGAGGCGCUGGUUCCUCCGCUGCGACACUCCCCCCUUCGCGGCGGAGCUGAAGAUCCGGGUUCGGCUUCUGUUGGAGAUGUGCCAAUGGAAGGUCACCGCAUGUCAACGUCCCUGCUGCACGGAACCCCGCAGCAAUUCAACGAGGAAUUCCGAAGAAUCUUCAUUUCCAACCCUCGCAGGGCAUCCGUCGUCAGCCGCUAUUUGGUUGCACACAUGGUCAAGUUCCCGGAAGAUCGACUGCAGCAAGUCCUACCCGAGAUCCAUCGGAUGACUCAAUCCCUUGCGAGGAAAGCAGGCUGUCCUUUCGAGUGGGCUUUCUUGCUUUUCCUGCCUGUCCUUGCCACCUCGUGCAGCUCUGCCCGACUUUUCAUCAAUGAAUUCUUUUUGGUCCCGCCUCUACUGUGGAUCGGCCUCUGUCUAGACAGCGGCGCUAACAAGAGUGGCGUCCUUACCGCUAUAGCCGACAUCAUCACGGGGUUCGAGAAGCAUCUCUUGGCCGAAGCCGAGAAAUCCAUUCGGCAAGAGCAAGCUGAUGCGGAAUCUGACGAUGAAGAUGCGUUGGGAGUAGCAGAUGAGGCAAGAGCUCAAGACCAAAGAGAACGAGCUGCAAAACGGCGCAAGGUCGCCCUCAACAAGAAGCUCGCAUCCCUCCGCAAUAACCAGCCGCAGAUUUUCUGUGACGAAGGGUCGCUUCCGGCGAUAGGUAUGCAGAUGUACCAAAACCGCCAUCGAGCUGUGGGCUUGUAUGAUGAGGGGCGGUUCUUGCUGCGUGCCCUCGCUAUUGGGGAAGGGUCCGGCUUCAACCCGGCCACCAUGAGCAAACUGUUCAAUGGAGCAUCCUGGAAGCGGACCGUUGUGAAAGACCANNCAUUCCAUGUCGAAGAAUGGCAUGCCUUUCUAGAAAAAGACGAAGCUUUGGGUAUGCAGUCACGCUUCCUCAUGUUCCACAGCGCCCCCCGGCUCGAUAAGGCCGCUGCUGUUCUCGAGCAAGAAGUCUAUGAAGUAGAGCAGCGUGAUUCGCAGCCCACACUGUCCCUGCCUGCACCGUUGCUGCAGAAGUUUGUAGAACUUCUAGCAGUUUCGGAGGUUGCUCACUGCAACCAAGCUGACGAUUAUGAUCGGCAGCGGGAAUACAUCCCCUACUUCUUUGCGACCGAUGCGCUCGAAAGAUUUACGCAGCAUUAUGAUGCGCAGGUGCUCGCUCAAGAAAGCUCGUAUCUGACGAACCCCAAACUCUUCAGUCGGGCGGGUAAGCUGAAAUCUUUGCCGUGGCGCCUUGCUCUCCUGCUUCAUGUCUGGAACAACGCGUGCGCCAAGGUGCACAACAACGAUGCACCAUGGUCUCGCAAAAUACCAGCUAACCUCGUGCAGCUGUCAGGAGACAUAUUCGAUUAUCUGUCUUUGCAGUCUCAGAUUCUGUCGCCCAACAGCGAUUUGCUGGGCGUGCUUUCGUCCUGCAACCUGCUCCAGGAAGCAUCACAGAAAUUCCCCUACUUGACCCUGUUUCUUGAAAAGAGGGAACUUCCUCUACCUCCGCCGGGCGAUGGCGAGGACGGCGACGGAGCACCAACAACGUUCGACCAGUGGUGGGAUGCGCUUGAUGCCGACUCGCGUCUCUAUGCUUUUCUAGCUGCCAGCUGGGUUUUAUCGUCCACCACCACCCUCGUGGUGGAUCGAGCAAGCGUCGUGAAGAAGCUUCACAACAAGGAUUCAGGCGAAAAGCUGCCCAGCGAACAUGCAAAGACGCACGUCGGCAAUGCAUUUCAGCUACUGCACUAUGCCCAUCUUGCUGUGUUGCGAAAGAAGGGGACCGCACUGCGCAUUGUCAAGCAAAAGCAUCGGUCGCUGCAGUCUGCAACUCUUCCAUUCUGUAACUUGCUCAAAUUGUUUCGCCACAAGCACGCCGCUAAUGCUGCGCAGUACAACCAGCAGUGUGUCGUAUUGACCGACGCCAUAAAGAAACAAUUUAAAGCCGACGCUGAGGCCAAGUUGGAUGAUCCACAGGCUGAGUGCAUGAACCCUGUGUUUGCGAAACUUUCGGACUUUGUGACUUCCGUAGACCCUUUCGAACAAGCGCCGAAGGUCCUCAAGCAAAAGAUGUCCGGAGGAGCCUUGUCAGCUUCGCUUUAUUGGAAGUCCCUGCUGUACCCCGCGAAUGUGGACAUGCUCCCUGCAUUUAUCUUCGCUAACCUGCACGCGGACAAACAGUGUUGCAGCGCCAUCGCAGCAGCUGUGCUUGCGCAAACUUUCGCAGGCGCUAG